UCGAACGAAUAAAGGUGAUUUCUAAAAUAAAGAAUAUUAGAAAUGAACUGGAUACUGCCCAGGAUGUAGAUAACAUCGGACAGAUAACUAAACUGGUAAUCAGGAAUACAAGAAAACUGCCAGAAGAUGGACAAAAACCAUGAUCUAACAGAUUGUACCUUUUUUUAUUUUAUGUGAUGUUCGUAUAUUUGUCUGUGUUACAUAUUUUUUAUUUAUGUAUAUUUAUGUAGAAUUACGUAUCAAUUAAACGUAGUAUACUAUUUCAGCUGCAUCUGAUGAAAUGUUCAUGUCCUCAGUAUUUAUCAACAAUUACAAGAUGCUUGAGAUGAAGCACACAACUCUUCGAGAACUGUUUGCAACGAGGAAACUUUCCAUUCAGGAGAGUAUUCGUCUGGUCUCACAACUUGCAGCUGGAAUAGCAUACUUACAUCAUCAUUAUUUGACAUUUUGCCAACCAGUUUCUUUGGAUACUUUAGUUGUCGUCAUGGAUGGAAAGACCAUCGAACGAAUAAAGGUGAUUUCUAAAAUAAAGAAUAUUAGAAAUGAACUGGAUACUACCCAGGAUGUAGAUAACAUCGGACAGAUAACUAAACUGGUAAUCAGGAAUACAAGAAAACUGCCAGAAGAUGGACAUAAACCAUGAUCUAACAGAUUGUACAUUUUUUUUAUUGUAUGUGAUGUUCGUUUAUUUGUUUGUGUAACAUCUUUUAAAUUUAUGUAAAUGAUAAUAAAAAUUGAUCCAACCAAAUACACUGAUCAUGCAAACACUGAAGACAAUAAAAUAAACACAGCAGGAAUUUAACCUAAGGCUACAAAUAAAAAACGUUCUCUUUUUAUUAUAGUUUUUACUCUAUUUUCUCAGUUCACUGAACAUAGAAAAAGAUUUUACAGAUGGGACACCCGUUUACUGUUUUACGUAAGUUCAUUUUUCCCCUUUGUUUCUGUUAAGAUGAUUUACUUGAUCAUCUGGUUUUGACACGAGAAAGAAUACUUUUGAAGAUAUCAACAUAGUACAUACAUAAGUGUCGUCCCUGUUAUUUAUCUUAACCUUAUGAUAAUUGUGCUGACGUAAACC